AUGGGCCAUCAUGAUACCAUUGACGAAGACGGUGAGACAACACCCGUCGGUGCUUCACGAACAAGCAACGAUUCCAUGGCUAGCUACAAAGGACGAAGGCCUGGUUCUCGGAUGGGCGCAAAUCAAGGCGACGAGGUGCAACGACUGCAGAAGCUGUUGGAAGAACGCGAUACGCAGCUCAAGGAACAGGCGUCGUCUUUGAGCGAGAUGGAAGCAAGCUUGUCGGAAAUACAGAAUUUGAUCCCAGAGGAUGGUACCGACUAUGGUUCACAACAUGGCGAGCCCAAUGACAUAGCCACACUACGAGCCUUGCUUAGGGAGAAGAACGACAAGAUUGCUAUGCUCACCUCAGAGUUCGACGCUCACCGGUCCGACUUCCGAAGCACGAUCGAUACCCUCGAACUUGCGAGCACAGAGACUGAACGAGUAUACGAGAAGAAGGUAGAAGAGCUACAGGAAGAAUUGCGCGAGUACCAGUCCCGUACAGAGGACGUGGAGACUGUGGCCAUGCAGCUUAAACAACUCGAGGAGCUUGUACAAGAGCUGGAAGAGGGUCUGGAAGACGCUCGUCGAGGUGAGGCUGAAGCACGAGGCGAGGUUGAGUUCCUCAGGGGCGAGGUCGAGCGCGGAAGAUCAGAACUCCGACGAGAGCGUGAGAAGGCGGCAGCAGCUUUGAAGGGCGCAGACGCUCUGGCGGAUGCCCCUCACACACCAGGCCAACGCGAUAUUGAACAACGUGACGAUGAGAUCCGAGGCCUCAAGGCCAUCAUCCACUCGCUUAGCUCUGGUGGAGGGGACGAACACCGCCGUUCCCCACUGUCAAGACAAGGCUCUUCCGUAGACCCAGAAGAGUUCAAGCUGGCGCAGGAAAAUGUAGAGCGUCUUGAACGAGAGAAAGAGGAAUUACGAGGCCUUGUAGAGCGCAAGGCUUACAGGGAAGAAGAGCUGGAGCGUGAGCUCGAGAAGCUGAGGAGCCAACUUGGUCUGGCCGAGCAGCGCGCGAGUGUCAUCAGCAACGGUGCAUCCGAGCACACUGCUGUUCAAGAGAAGCGCUCGUCAGGACACGACUCGAAGGGCACCGUCGUCGACUGGCAUGAACCAGCACGGCGCGAUGCUUCCUCCACUCUGGCACCUAUGGCCGAAUCGGAUGGUCGCUCUUCCGCUAACAGCAGUUUACUUUGGUGCGAAAUCUGUGAGACUGGAGGCCAUGACAUUCUUAAUUGCCCUGCCAUGGGAGCUAGCGAUACGCUUGACUUUUCGAAGGAGAAUGGUAUUCGCAACGGCAAGGACGUUGUCAUCGAAGGCCUCCGCGGUCUCUCCGUUGAUCGGACUGCCCGUCCCUCUGUCCUUAGCCCAUCGAAGCCGCCCGGCAGUGCACCCACUGCUCCUUUACCUACACCGGGCCCGAAUGCAUCGAACUCGAAUCUUGUUCCAGCAAAGGGUGCGGCGAUCGCGGACCCAGACAAGUGGUGCGCGCUUUGUGAGAGUGAAGGCCAUGAUGUUACUGGCUGCCCAAACGAAGAUGCUUUCUAG